AUGGCCUACCGCUGCCGCACGUGCGGGCUCUCGGACUCGAGCUGCAUGUGCCUGGCGUGCUUCGACCCGGACGAGCACGAGGGCCACGACUUCCGCGUGUACCGCUGCUCGUCGGGCGGCUGCUGCGACUGCGGCGACCCGCUGGCCUGGAAGCCCGAGGGCUUCUGCAAGAAGCACAGCCAGCAGCAGCGGAAUAGCGACAAGAACGGGGAGGACGAGCCGACCAGGAUGAAGAUGCACCCGGAGGAGGACGCGGCAGUGCAGAUGCUCGUGCGCAGGACCAUGGAGUUCUGCGUCGACGUGCUGCGAGAGGUGCACGCGGCGUGUCUGAGGCCGCACGGAGUAGACCCCGCAGACCCGUUCUAUCAGAGGAGAGCGCUGCCCCGGACGGGCAUUCUACGCUCGGCGCUGCCCUCCAUCGUCAAGCUGCAUGUGGACAGGCUGCAGCAGACGCUCGCGUGGCUGCAGAUGCUCUCCAUGAGUUGUCUGUACUACCGCAGCCUGAUCUCCGACAUGUUCUUCGAGGAGCUGCCGCCCGAGUUUCAGCUGGAUGCGCCGGCCGUGCCGAACGAGGCGGCGGACGAAGGCUGCAUCAACUACGGGCCGUUGCUCAUGCUGGAUGUGUUCCUCAAGGCCAGCGUGUUGCUGCCCGUUGAGACGUGCGAUGUGCUCGGCGUCCUGUAUCUCAAGCUGCUGUUCGACCAGUCGUUCAAGCAAAAGUACACGUGCCACUUCGUCGAGUGGUACCCGUACUUCAUCGAGCUCUACCUGGCCGCCAGCGACGAGAACAACGAGGACGGGAUGCGGAACCUGUCGCGGUUUAUUGACCGGUUGUUCUGCCAGCUUUUCCACAGCAACGCGCAGCUGCGGGAGCUCGAGACGGUGUUCGCGUCGAUGCGGCCAACCUUCAACUCGAGUGAGGCGUCUGGACAGCGUCGGCGGCGGAGGAGGAGGAGACCUCACCAUGCUCUAGGAAUGCCUGCAGCGGCUGCAGACUCGACGCCUUCGUCCUGUGUCGAGUGGCUUAUGGUGUUCCUGUUGGAGAAGCUCAACGACCUGUUCCGAAGCACUCUUCGGUUAAUGACUAUCCUGCCACAGCCGCUCAUCGAUGGAACUCACACGGGAACUAGCGGUGGGAGCACAACUAGUACGUCUACAGUGGGUAUAGGGACGGUGCCAGAGGCUCCUCCUGUAUUGCGAACCGUUCAAGCGGUGGAUUGUGGGCGAAAUGUGUUCAAGAAGCGGAUUUAUGCCCGAUUGUGCUCAGAUCUGCGAACACUUCUCGUGCAUCCACAGAUCGCAGCGGAGGUGUUAUUGCGCUCUUUUCGGUGUAUCGGUGGUGAUGAUUGCGCUCUGCAUGGAGCGUCGGUGUACGCGCAGCUCAUGAAGACGUUUGAGCUGCUUCAGCAAAUGGAUUUACAGACUCGGCAUGUCCACCGCCAUAUCGAAUACGAGUCUCAGAACUGGACAUUCGCGUUCGUGGCCGACUACGAGCUGAAAUUGCUGCUCGGUGCUUUUCUCACGGGCAUUCCUGCGUGUUUCUCCACUGAAGUGUGGCAGAGCAUCACAACGGAGGAGAAUAGCUGGAACCAAGGAGCAACCGGAGUGAUCACGGGUGGUACGCCGCUCAACCCGCUAGAACCUGACACAUUCCGAUCCCUUGCGCUGGCGCGAGCAAUUUUGCAACCUGUACGGGCGGCUUUAGCGCAGUGGGAAAACCGCAAUGGGCGUCCCGAAUUCGGAUCCACGGCUUCCGAGCUGUCGGCAGCAAUAGCUGGGCCUGGCGAGGCAACAACGAAAAUGCAGGCAACCACAGUUGCCCAGCUUAUGAAGUAUUACGAGCAGGGCACAGUCGCAUUGGGAGGCGCCAGUGCCAAAAGCUUCCACUUCCCGCUGCAUCACAUGUACGCAGCGCUGGUCCAUGCUCUGUGUGGUGUAGUGCGUCCUCAAACAUUGGAGGACUGGCGUGAGCUGUUGGGAAUGGGUGCUACCGACGCGGACAAGCGCAAGGACUUGGCGUUCUGGUACAGCACAUUGGACCACCCGCUGCGCGUGCUUCUCUUCUCGAGGGAGAUUAAAGCUGGUCUCUGGGUGCGGAAUGGCGGAGUAAUGCUGCAGCAGUUGAUCCACUACCACUCGAAGCACUGGCGGUAUUUCGGUCUACACUCGGACUUGUUCCUCUGCCAGCUGGGAGCUAGCCUCCUCCCGCACGGCAGCUUCACGCGGCUCUUCUUCCAUCAGUUGCCGUUUGGUAUCGGUGACUCGGCCGUGCUUGGAUUGAGCUCUCCAGCAACUGCGAAGAUCGAUAGCAUUAAUGCCGCUACUAGUGCUGACCGCAGUCGAGAACUGCGUCAAGAGCUGGACGUAGUGGAGGAGGCGUUGCGUCUCUUUCUGCAGCUUGUGCUGGCACCCGUCAAGGUGGCGUCUGCUAGCUCGCCUGCGACAGCAGCUGUGUGGCUUCUAGAGCGUGAGAUCAUGCAUUGGCUGACGCUUGGACCGUUCACGCGGAGUGAGGUGAUUAUGCGGACAGAUAUGAAGUUGGUGGAGCAGAUUAAGCAGCUGCCAGCUCACGAGUGGGCCGAGUUGGAAGAAGAGGAGAUCCUGACUCACGUGCUGGAAAACGUUGGAGUGUACGAUGAUCCUGCCGGCAGCAGCAACGGCACGCGGACUUCUAGAAGUGGCAGCUUCCUAGGCUACGGGCUCAAGAUGAGCGGAUCAUGGAAGCUCAAGCCCGAGCUAUGGACGCAAGUCUCGCCCCUGUUCGAGUGUUUUACACCAUCAGAGGCUCAGCAGUGCGAACAAAACAUUCGCAAGAACCUUCCCAAGCCAAGUGACGACGAUGGGAGCCCCACAGCGUCGAUCAUCUUGCCGAUGUUGCCACGGGCGCGACACGAAGGUAUCAGCGGAGUGGAUAUGCACGGAGUGCUUGUCGAGACGAUGUUGAACUCCUCGUACAUGGCCAGCGUCCUGCUCGUCAUUUUUGAAAACUAUAAGCGCAAAGCGAUUACGCAGGAGACGCAUCAAGGAGAGAAAGAAGACCAGGACAGUGCAAGCUCGGUCACCAACGAGAAUCUUCUGCUUGCGGCCUUACACUGCUUGUAUAUAGCAUGCUUCGAUGAAGACAGCAGCCUAUUCAUCAAGCUCUGCACGGAGGUGACGUUGAAAGAUCAAGCGAACCGCGACGAUGAGUGCCGCGCCGAGUCCGAUGAAAAGCAAGCUGCUGCGACCAGCCUGUUGUCGCUGUUGCUGUUCCUCUCUGAGGUGAAAAGCGGGCUGGAAGAUGCUCAGCCUGUGGUAAAUCUGAUUCUUCAAGCUGUACGGGAGAAAUCUCCGUCUUGCGCGGAAUACUUGGACGCGAUGAAGCGCAAACAACAGGCUGCACAGUCUAGU